CGCAUCUGCUAAAUAAACAAAUUUAAGUUGCAAGACAGCAGCGUCAUGUGUGAACCUGAAAAGAACCAUCCUGUUAGUUUUGAAGUGGAACUCCCUCCACCCGCCAGGAGCGGGUCUCCUGGUCAGGGCCCUGUGGAAGCUCUCCUGACGCGGGCAAGUCUCCGCAGGGAGAUGGGAGACGGUCUGCACCUGCCGCGCCCAACGCUCUCUUGUGGGGCUCUGUCCCACACCUCCUGGCAGAAUUCAAGACCAGACGGCGUCUCUUGUCACUCACAGCGCUUGGCGUGCAAAUUCCGCAGUUUACUGCGAUGAGAAAUUAUUUUAAUAAAGGUGAUGAAUGACUCGAGAACACGGUAGAGUGAGGAGGCCAGCAGUUGAACACUGAGAUUUUAACAGUGUUUUCAAAAAACUAUUGACCCUGUUACUGCAAAUACAGCUGAGCACAAAAAUGUAGGCCACAUCUUCUAGAUGUUUCCUUCAGUGGGUGAAAGGGUUUUUCCAAAGAUGGCAAGUUGCACUGAUAGCCGGCUAUAAAUCUGGUUACCUUACAGCCCCCGAAGCGACUGCUCUCUAAAGCUGAUGAAUUGCUGACAGCCUCAGCCUUCUGGGUGUGGCUGUAUGCAGCGCUGCCAGGGGACUGCAGGGAAAAUGGUUGGCGUCAGGGCGGAAUCUUCCACACCACGCCCCAUCGCCGUGUUAUAUUAGGGUGGAACGCCAGACCAGUCUCUCACUUGUGCUCCAGGUUGUCCUGCAUUACCUGUGUUCAUCGCCAGCUUGACAGCAUGUCUACAUCUUACUCCAUCUCCUCAUCAUCCAGGGUGUCCAGCGGUGGUGCCGGCCUUGGUGGAAUAGGCAUCGCCCAUGGGGGUGGUGGAGCUAAGUUUGGCUUGGGUCUUGGGGCGGGCAGCAGUGCAGGUGCGAUAGGGCUAGGAGGGGGUUCUGGUGCGGGGUUAGGAAUUGGUGGUGGAAGUUUUGGGGCAGGACUGGGAAGCGCAGGUCUCGGCUAUGGAAUAGGAGGUGCGGGUCUCGGCUAUGGAAUAGGAAGUGUAGGUCUUGGGUCAGGAUUGGGGGGUGCAGGUCUUGGGUUGGGAUUGGGAGGUCUGGGGAUCGGCUUGGGCGGCGGAGCUGGGGCAGGCUUUGGCAUUGGAGGCGGUGGUGGUGCUGGAGGUGCUGCUCUGAUAGCCAGUCCAGCCUUCACCAUGGGCCGCACCCUGGCGGCAGGUGGCCUGAAUGCGGGGUCAGCUUUGGUUAUGGGGCCUGCUCUGACGUCCACCGUGGUCCCCCUGCUCUCCAGAGAGGCAGAGAAGCACACCCUCUCUGGGUUGAAUGACCGCUUCUCCUCGUACAUUGCCAAGGUGCGGGCCCUCCAGCAGGAAAACACUGUCCUGGAGGCCAAGCUGUCCCAGUUGACCGGUGGGACGGAUAUGUCUCCAGAAGGUUCCAGCAUCUCCCCUGCAGAGUAUGAGAAUCAGCUCAAUGACUACCGCAAAACCGUGGAGAACCUCACUCUGGAUACCAUCAAGCUGGAGAUUGAGCUGGAUAACAUCCGUGGCACCGCCCAUGAACUCAAAGCCAAGUAUGAGUUUGAGCAGGGUGUCAAGUUCCAGCUGGAGUCCGACAUCGCAGCCAUGAAGAAGGACAUUGAUGCAGCAUCUGAGCUACGCAUUGACCUGGAUGCCAAACUGUCCAGCCUGAAGAACGAACUGGAUUUCAUCACCAAGACCCAGGCGGAGGAGCUGGCAGGCCUUCAGGCCAAACUGGGCACCACCACUGUUGACAAGUCAGUAUCCAUGAUUGAGGUGGACACCGGAAAGUCGUUCGAUGUUGCGGACGCCCUCAACAAGAUGAGGAUGGAGUAUGAGAAGUCGGUGCAGCAACACCGAGAUGAGGCUGAUACGUACUACAAGCUCAAGAUGGAUGAGAUUCAGACAGCCACAGCAAAGAGCACAGAGGCCACCUCGUCCACCAAGUUGGAGAUCAGCACAGCUAAGAAGGAGUUGCAGGGCCUAGUUCUGGAGUUGCAAGGCCUGAUGUCUGCUAACGCGGCCUUACAGCAGAGUCUGGCUGAAGCGCAAGCGCAAUGCAGCGUGGGAGCGGCGGAACAGCAGGCCCAGAUCGUCAGCCUCACGUCGGCCAUCGAGGUGGCCAAAGCCGACCUCCACAAGCAGCUCCUCGCCUACCAAGAGCUGCUGGACGUGAAGCAGGCGCUGGACGUGGAGAUCUCCACGUACAGGAAGCUGCUGGAGGGAAGUGACAUCAAGAUGCCUGACACCUCCUCCGCGUCGGAGAGCUCCUACACCUUCACAGUUAAGCACCCUGCAUCGGAGUCAGUAUCGUUAUCGCUCAAAAAGCAGCCCAUUGAGCUAAAGUUGUCCGGUGGAGGGAUACAAGUGAAAGAAAUCAUCACAGAGCACACGGAGACCUCCCUAAUGUCGGACGCAGACGAACCCUGAUUCGCAGGAGCGCCGCAUCGCCCGGGGGGUCAUUCUGUCACCCAAAACCUUGUGAUACCCUCCCUUCCCCAUCACACCCGAUAAGCCCCACCCCCUAUCCUCAUUGCAUGAGUCCCUCCUCUUAUUAAGCAAUAAAUCCUGCAGCAGAAAUCA